AAGCUGUGGAUUUAUAUCUCUGGAUUUAUUUCGUAUUUUAUUUUUGUUCUAGAUAUUUGGCCAUGGGAUACCGAUGAACAAUUGAAAGCUGAGUUUAAUAAUGAAGUAAGUGGUAAAUCACGAUCCAAUGCAUCUAGAAGGAAGGUGUUUCGUUUAGAUGAUAGAUAUGAUGAGGGAGUAAAUGCUAAAUCUAAAACAAGGAAUGUAGAUCGAGGUUAUGGAAUCGAAAAUGCAGGUGACAACACAAGGGCAAUAAGUAAAAAACCGUAUCAAACAAAUGGUGAUCUGGACUUACUGUUUAAAUUACCAGAACAGGACAGGAGAGAUGAACAAAUUAAUAAAAUCGAGUUUUCUAAUCGUCAGCGGUUACGCGAAGUGAAUGCAGAAGGAUCUUAUUUGGAUAGUGUAGUGCAAAAUCCAUCCCAGAAUUCUGUGGCUAAUUUAACAGAUAGUCGUGCACUUCGUGAAACAGAAGUUCGUUUUUUAAACACACAUGUGCCAAUUACAACACAAUCAAACACUGCUAAAAAUGGCGGACCAAAGUUAACGUAUGUGGAUGUACCGUUUCCUGGUCAGCAUCAUCGUAAUGUACAACUGCCCGGCAACAAGUAUUCUAAUCAAAUGGAUUUACCUUUAGAUUCUGGUGGAGCGUCUGCCGGAACCGAUUCUACAAAUAGUCGUGUCCGGCGGAAAAAAAGAGGAUUAAUAGAUCUGCCUGAAGAUAAUGAUAUUUUGUCCAAGUUAAAAGAGAAGAUUAGACAACAACAAUUAAAUGCUUCAUCUUCAGAUACGAGCAGUAGAGAUGAUAGUCUAUUAUUAGAUCAUGGGAGGGGUGGGGUAGAACAUGAACCCCAUCAUGUUAUACACGAUCCCUAUGACCCUGUAAGUAUGAGACCAGGAGCACACUGUGAUGGUAUGGAAAAACCUGCAAUAACAAGGAAAAUAGCACCUGUUGCAUCCAUGCCUAGUUAUAAAGGUUUUAGUGAUAUAACAACAGAUAACAACCCACCCCGUCCUGUAUCUCAGUCCGUUAUAGUCAAGAAAAAGGUGAAGAAACCAGCAGUCAACAUACAGCCUCGUAAAUAUGAAAUGUAUGAUUAUCCAAGUGGUGGUGACUCCGGUUUAUCGUCAUCAGAAAAACCUAAAAAACCUACCAGAGUUGUCGCCCAUGAUCGCAAGAACACUCAUGCUUCAAAUGAUAUAAUAACAACAUCAUCAUGGCGUGCUGGUCAAGAAUUGAUACGACAGAAAUUAGGUCCUUCGCGAACCAGAAAAACCUCAAGUGAAACUCAGAAAAAAGAUGUGGUGCAACCCGAAGAACAGCGAAGACCUGAUGGGGCCGAAGGUCACGACCUCUGGCAACCAGUGGGGUCAAGUAAUACGGGUACAACUGGUUUAGAAGUGAAGAAAGUAAAAGUAGGGUUAGCUCAAGAAACCCAGAAAAUGUUAGAAGAUUUACAUAGAGAUACCUCAGAUGACGAUGUACAUAAUAAAAACACCAAAAAUGUUCGAAGUAGACCUGCAGUGAAAAGAAAAGCUCCAAAACAGACAGAACCUGAGAAACAACAACAAGCUGUAUCUGCCAAACAACGACAUUAUGACCAAGAAGAGGUGAGGAAGUUUAUUGCCAAACAAAGAGCGGAGAGACAAAAGCGGAAGAAAGAGGAAGAGAAAAGGGAAUUGACCGAACACGAGAAACGGAAACGUCACUUAGAAGAGCUUUGCACAAAACGUAAAUCUAGUACACAGAAAGCCAGUACAGCAACGGCCAGUAAAUCAAAACAACGAACACGUCAAAGAUCUAGACGACCAACAUCAGAAGAACACAUAGAGAGAAGAUUAAUAUGUGGAGAAUCUGAUAAAGAGAAUCAAGAUACUCACAAUAAUACAGCUCCUGAUCUAGAUGAUGACAGCUCCACUUUAACAGGUGAUACAGAGGAUGAAACAACUCCUGUUACUACACCAAGGGCUGAAAAGAAAACAGAAAGUAAAACUGAUGGUGCUAAGCCCAAACUCCUUGAUCCCAAAUUUAGCGUGAAUGUUGAUGAGGCUCUGUCAAGGUUUUCUGAAGUUGUAAAGCAACGAAAGGCUCAAGCAGGGUUGUUGGCAGACUCUAGCUAUCAACCACCUACCUUACCUACAGCGGACACGGAACCUGAUCUUUAUCAACGAAAACAGGCUAUUAAAGACAUGGCCAGUAGUCUACGAAGUCGACUUAAAGCCAGUUCACAAAUUGAUAAUAAUCCAACUGAUAGUCAUGUUACAUUUCAUUCCUCCGUACCAACUACAAGUAAUGAAAAUAAAGAAUAUGCUAGUAGAUAUGAUCGUCUAGUAGGUAAAACAGAAGACCUCUUCACAACUAAUGUUCAUUUACCAGGUACUCAGGAUUUAGCUAAACGAGCUAGAGAGGUUUUAGAAGAGAAUUAUCAGAAAGAGGCUGCCAUACGUAUCCAGUCAGCAUAUAGAGGUCAUUCGGCUAGAAGAAGUUUAGAUAUGACAUCACCAAAUCAUCCACAUUCUAACACAGCACAGAGAAAACAUAGAUCUGAAGAUGAUGAUUCCGAAUUAACGCCAACAUCAACAUUUAGUGAAGUUACACCAGAUUCAGAAAAUGAUUCAUUACAAUUAUUACAUCCAAAGAGAAAAGAUAAGAGACAUUCACCUGUCGGUGGUGCUUGUUAUAAUCCUCCCAAUAAAUACAAGUGGGAGGGACCUAAAUCAGAUCCUUAUAGUGUCAUGAAUGUACUAAAUCGCAGAUCUAAACAUAGUAAAGAAAAUUACAGUUUAAAUCCUGUGGAGCAACAAAUACGUGAAACUAUAUCUCAGUCGACUCUACCCCCGACAGAUCCCAGAAUCACCUCUCGUUCUGGUCAACACUAUACUUCCUCGAUGCCGGCAGCUGUAAAUAUGGAGAGUAACCUUCGACCUCAGCGUGUCAGAAGUCAGAGUGAGGUGUCUGAUGAUUUCAGUGCUAGAUCUAGUGUGUCCUUGAGAUCAUCUGUUAGAGAACCGAAAGAGAAGACUGAGUCCCGCCAAGAAUCUAAUAAAUUUAAAUCUGCCCAGGAUACAGAUGGAACUGACACAGAUGAUUCUUAUUCUAAUUUAGUUGAAUCGGAGAGUUUAAGACCACGAUCCAGACAGAAGUCAGAUCAUUAUCCGUCUGCUCAUUUAGAUAAAUCAGAGAACUUGUCACACAGUGAACAAUACAACUGGAGUUCAACUGAUAAGCGACCUGCUUCGAUGCCAUCUGUAGAAAACAUCCAUUCUAUGCCAGCACGUUACUCUCCUAAUUCACUGGAUCGUCAGAUGAUGGCUGAGUUAAAUCGUUUAGAAAGUUUAGAAGAAUCGUAUCGACAGUUAGCAGGUGUAGAGAGAACUAGAGCUGUUUCAUUAGCACAACAAGAAUCUGUAUCAUUGGCUCAAGUAUUAAAGUCCCGUCAAAUGUCACAUGAUCUCGAGAUGAAAAAAUUACAAUUAGAGGUUCAACAGGAAGCUCACGCUAGCAAUCAACAGCUCAAUGACAUAAAAUUACGUACACAGGGACAUACAACAAAUCAACGUAACUAUACUCAACCAGCCAGUUUCGACAUGGAACCUCAAUUGCAUUCCACGCCAGCGGCCAAGUCAAAUGAACAACCAAUCAGACGUGAUGUUUCUGCAACCCAUAGUUUAACGGAAACAAGAGGUCGUCAAUCUAAUCGUGAUCGUACAGAUACAGAAGAUUACACCGAAUCGAUCAGUGCUCGUAAAAAUAGAGAUGCAUCAAGAGUUUCCAAUACCGGUUCCUCAUAUACAUCUCGUCACUCCAAACAAUCCAGAUCUAGUAGUGGUAGUGUUAUCACAGCUAAAGACAGCCAACAAGAUACAGAUUCUUCUUCCAUUAAAUCAGCUAGUGAUGCAGACGGUCGAGAUGAAUCAAAAGCUGAGAGUAUAGCAGAAGAUAUUCCAGAAGGUGAUUAUACAUUAUCGUUUGAUUCAUCUAUAACAGAAGAUGAAUCUUUUCGUCAAGUUUUACCAUCUGAAAGUCACAGAAAGGAAGUUAAACGUCGUCAUCAAGGUGAUGACAGUAUAUUAAAUAAUGAUGAAGCUGGAACAAGUCAACUAUCAGUAGGAGAUAUGUCAUUAUUUGUUGGAGGUGAUACAUUUAGUAAAUUUACAGCCGAUAUGGUCCGACAGUUGAUGAAGGAAGAAGAGUUACGUUCUCAACAUCAGGCGGCCAUGCUUCGUAUUAGAGAAACAGCAUUAAAGAAGAAAGCUGAUGCUGAGUUGUCAUGGUUACAACAACAAAAACAUCAUCUCCGUGAUAAAGGUGCGGAUGACGUUCGUCCUCAGAUCAAGAAAAAAGAAAAAAUUGUUUUAAAAGAAUUGCACGAAAAACAGGCUGAGAUACGACGUCUACAGGAAGCUAAUAUCCAAGCUAAUAAAGAACGUCAAGCUGUAUUAAAGCAACAGGAGACUAUAGCUAAAUUACAUCAAAAAAAGAGAAUGGCAAAAUUACAAGAUGGUUUAAAAACAUUAACUGGUAGACUAGGUCGUCCAGCUGAUAUUCACACUGAAGAUGAUUCUAGUGCUUUUGAAGAAGGAUCUGAUCUGAACGAAAAUUUUUCUGCCAAAGAUUGUAAAUCGGAUUCAGAAGUUAUAACAGACAAAAAAAGUGGCAAAACUCUAAAAGGUGACAAAAAGAAACUUGAAAAACAACAUAAAUUAUGGCUGAAUGACAAAUAUCUGACAAUAAGAGAACAUAAGUUAUUAAAUCGUAAAAAGAGUGCGGAGGAAUUAUUAGCCUGGAAGAAGAAAUUAGAUGAAGCUGAAGCAAAGGUUUUUGAAUUAGAGAAGAAAGCAUUAGAUGUAUGGGAUGACAAUAAACCUACUGAUGUCAAACCCAGUAAUAAAACUAACAAACAAGACAAAAUAACAAGUCAAAAAGCCAAUAAGAAUGAAGCUGUGAGCCGUAAGGAAAGUGAGAGUAUUGUAUCAGAGCAAGUUAUUACAGCUCGAGAUGAAUCAAACACAGCAACAAGUCAGCUAUCAAGUCAGAGAUCAAAUACAGCAAGUAAAGAUAAUGAUGGAAAAAAACGAAAUAAAUCGGUUAAAGACAGUAAUAGUGAUUUAUCUAUACCAGAAGAAGUACCAUCAGCAACUGAUCUAUCUGUAGUUACACCAGAUAAACAAAAUAAGAUAAAUGAUUCAAGUGAUGAUACUAUAGUAAAUAGUUCUGUUAAUGAUGAAUAUACCAACGAAACGUUUGAAGCUGAUACUUCUGUUAGUCGUCGACAGAAACCAUUAAAACGUUAUCUACCUUCAGGAUCUCCUCUUCCCUCCCCAUGGUCACGUAGAACAGGAUCUGAAAGUGAAUCAGAGGACUCCAUUUCACAUACAGACACAGUAUCAGAUACCAGUGAUUACGAAGGUCGUAUUCGUCACCUUAAUGAUGAGUUAAGACGAAGGCGGAAGGAGUUUGAGAUCUUGAAGAAAGAAAGAAAACAAAGAAAGAAGGAGAAAUUGAAGGCCCAGGAAGAAUCACUAAAAAAACAAGUAGAGGCUUAUGAUAAUUACAUCAAUCAGCUAAAACAUGAACAGAGUGACCUGGAACUAGAACCACCAAAAUCAGUUGUUAAACCACUUAUAAAACAUCCAAGUAAAACAAAGAGUCAUGUUAAAGAUGAUUCUAAUAAUAAACGACAGAGAGAUCAGGAAGGUAGCUUCUCUUCAAGUUAUGAAGAUACGAUCAAUGGUUCGGAUUCAGCUCAAACAUCUCCCAAUCUUUCAGACAGUAGAGAAAGUAGUAAGUUAUCUCCACUUCUUGAUAAAAAGAAGCCAUCAUUCCUGGAUCGUAUAUCAGAAGGCAGUGAAUCAGCUCAAUCAGGCUCCGAGAAACACAGCAAGAAAAAAGAUUCCAAGGAUCCACGAUCUCAAUCCAGUGUUUCUGAGAUCAUUGAGGAAUUGUCUCAGGGUGACUCGGAUAUUUCUGACAAAACUGAUUCUGGUUUGUUGAAGAUCGAAACGAGGCUCCCAGUCGGUGAUGAAGUUGAUCGAACACAAAGUGCUGUCGAGGAUGAUCCGUCAUAUAGUAUGGACUUCACAGCUUCUGCAAAUUCCCUUCAAAAUUUGAAACCGUCUUUAAGUGCUAGAAGUGAUCGAAGUGCAUCACACAUUUUCUCAGAAAAGGACAAUUCACGGAUUUCAGAACAAAUUGAUGAAGCUAUUUCAGUUCAGUCUGAAGCAUCAAGAUCAUUAAAACUGGAUCUGAAUCUAAAGAAACCUGAUUUGGAUCAGCAAGACUCUCAUCGAGAAAAGUCUGAAUCAGCAGCUCUGACAGGAAUCCAGGAAUCAGAUAGUGAAAAUGAUUCUCAUACAAAAUCUCAACACACGUUAUCCUACUCUCCGACAGUUUCCAGACCUUCCAGUGGUACAGAGAGAUCUGCUGCUAGUUCCUAUGGGGUUAAUUUUGAAGAUGAAGAAUCGGAGAGAACGGUGGAAUCGGAAUCCGAGUCUGAGAAAACUCCAGUACGUGUUCCUACACAGGUUCACUCUACAGGUAGAUCAGUUAGUCAAGUCAGUGAGGAGGAUAUCAGUGAACAUAUCUCAGUCAGUUUACCUUCGCUUUCAGAGAAAAAGGCAGGUAGUCAACGAGAUGAUACAACUAAUCGUGACUUAGAUCAGUUGCUCGGAGAGAUGACAGAAGAAGAGGAGUUGACUCCCCGGGAGGAGAACACUCCAUUGAUUGGUGAAGGUGAUACUAAUUCAUUACUUCUCACAGAUCCAUUAGCCGAGUUUCAGAUUGGAGAAGAAGUCUUGGUGUGGGGUCGUAAGAAGGGAACUCUACUCUACAAGGGUAAAGUGGAGUUGGCGCCAGGUAUUUGGGCUGGUGUGGAAUUACAGGAACCCGAAGAAGACCAGGAUGAACAAUGUAGUCGUUAUUUCAAAUGUAAGCCAGCACACGGAGCUCUGGUUCCUGGUAGUGAAAUAAGUGCAAUAAGAGACGAUAUGAAACCUGGAGAGAGAAAGACGGCAGAUGACUCAGUCACUGAUCAGGAAGAUAACUCCACAACCACAGACAGCGAGUUGGAUAAAGUUAUCAAAGAAACGGCCGAUAAAGUGGAACAGUUUGGAGACAAGAAACCUCCAAGUCGAGAUCUCGAAGCACUGGCUGAUAAAUUAACCGAUCAAAUUACAGCAGAACUGCUUGUUGAUUCUGUUAAUACGAUGGGUAAAAUUUCAGACAAGCAGACAGCAAAUCAGAAAGUGCCACCACCUACAUUACCAAAACCAAAGAAGCAAAAGACUGUCGAACAAAAAUCAGAUGAUGAAGCUGAUAACAUCAUGACAUCCUUGGUAGAGAAUGCUCUGACUCAUAUGAUUGGUAUUAGAAAUAAAAAACGCCAAAACAAUCAAACUGAGGAACCAUUGGUCAAUGGUCAUAUUGGUUCUGAAAGUGACCAAUCGGACACUGGUUUAGAAUCUGCUGUAAUAAAAGAUGAAUUACAGCGACCCUUGUCUCCUGUUCUUGGUGGCUCUCGAUCACAGGAUGUUCAACAAUUAGAUGAUGAUUUAUUUAAUCUAUUGGGUGGUGAUGAUAUUGAAGAUGAAUAUUUUGAAGAAACUUUAGGUGUUAGUAAAUCAGCUGUGGGGACAAAUAAAACAGAUGCUACAAAACCAGCGACACCGAAAGUGGAAAAAAUUGUUUAUGCUGUUCCUCACGAGAAAGCUGAAGUGGAGAGAAUAAUCGAUAAUGCUAUUGAUAUUUAUUGGAAUGCUCGCAGAUGUGGAGAACCGUUCACAGGCGUUGUAGCACCAGAAUCAUUUUACGAUACGAAAGACGAAAAUCUAACAAUGGAGAAACAGAGUGAGAAAACAUACAAACGUAUGUUGUUUGAUCUAACAGGGGAGAUAAUCUGUGAUAUUUAUAGUCAAGAGGAAGUUGUUGAACCUCUUCCCUGGGAAAAACCUACUUAUAAACGGCCUCAGUAUAGUAAAAGUCACACCCCUCCUACAACGGUUGACAAUUUAAGACCUAUCGUUCAGAAAGCAGUCAAUGAACUCCUGGGGUUAAAUGGUGUACGAAAAUCGGAUCGUGUCAAAAAUAAGUUUUCAUUGCAUAAGAGAAGGGACCAUGUGGACAAUAUUCUAGCAGACGAUCUUCGACUAGAAGAACCAGGAUGGCUAGAUUAUAAUAGUGCCGAGCUUGAUGUGAAACACGCGCUAACAGACUCCAUCUUUGAAACACUGUUAGCAGAGACUGUUGAAACGUGUACUAAAAUACACAAUAAACGGCAUCAGCGCUCCGAGCGAGACUCCUAAAAACUCUUGAUUGACAAGAAGAUCUGGAAAUAUUUCUGCUCAUAAGGAAAUGAUUGAUAAUGAAAUACACCUUUGGUUCCUCUAUUUAUUAUAUAAAACAUGGAACGAGAUCUCACAUAUAUAUAAUCAUAAACAUUUCUUAUUGUUUAUCUGUCUUGGCAGUCCGAUUUGAUUACCAAUUGGCAGUUUACCUCUUGCAGCAAUGCUAUAAUGAUUUGGAAUAACAGGAUUAGAGGAUAUUCUCAGGAAGUUUUAUUCCAAUCUUAAAAAAACUAGUGCUGUGUCCUGCCAUCAAAGCACCAAUUUAAAAGAUCGGUGUCUGGGAUAAUCGUCAUGGUAACUCGAAUCAAACAAGGGUUAUAAUGUGAGUAUGUGACAAUAGUAUAUCAUAGUAUAUUUCUAUAUGAAAAAAGGGAGCUAACCCUGAACCAAAGCAGAAAACAUGAUUGCGCUGGCCAAGAGAUAGGGAAGAAGACCAUGACUUAUAGAGAAAUAAAGCAAACGUGAGAAAAUUGUUGAUUUUUAAAGAAAGACAUUUAUUUUGCAUUUGAUGUGUUACAUAGAAAUUGUAUGUAGUGUAAAUAUUAAAUUUAUUUAUUUUUUAUGGUUUUAUUUCUGUAUAAUCCUUCUCUCAUUCUAUUCAUAAUGUAUAGUUUAUAUAUAUACCUUGUAGGGCAUUUCCACUUAACCACAUGUAAACUACUAUCUAUGUCAUGUAUUUGUUUUGAAAUUCUAUAUUAUAUUAUAUUAUGUUUAUAAUUAAUUUGAAUGCCUUAUAUAUGUACACAAAUUAUUUAAUGUUGGUGAAGAAAAUUUGAUGUUAAACAAGAUAGUUUCUCAGAUAGAUAUUACAGUCCAGCUCACAAGCCAGAAAGGUUACUUCAUUUGAAUUUCAGAAAAUCUAAACUCUUCAAGGAUUUAAGAAAUUUUUAUUAAACUUUGAUCUUGUUUUUGAAGAAAAAUAAAAUUUAAUUAAUUAAUGGAUUCAUAUAUUCUUGUAUUACUAAUUUAUUAUGUUAGAAUUGUCAUUGAUUAAAUUUUAGAAAUUCACAAUUCAUUUUGAUGAUCUGAUAAUUUGUUGCCAUGGCCUUAUAAAUAUAAAGUAAUCUAUAUGUUUCUUCCAGUGUGUAUCAGUUCUGACAUAGAUUUAAUUGAUUACUAUGAACAAGUAUGGGCAUUCUAUGGACCAGGAACUGCAGCCAUCUUGUGAUGUCCUAUGGAGCCUUAGACUUUAUUGAAGAGCGUCACUCCCAAGAACAAGAAGAAGAUGAGUAGCACUUGGGGAACAGUUCCUUAUUCAUAAACAAUUUUUGGACCAGAAACUAGUCGCUAACCGCUACUCAUUUUGUUCUUGUUUUCGGGGUGACGCUUCUUUAAAAAACCUAAGGCUCAAUCAAUUCGAGUCCAAUCGUACUUAAAUUGUGGGCGCCUUAGACUUUUUUUCGAAGAGCGUCACUCCCACGAACAACAAGACGAUGAGUAGCACAUGGGGAACAGUCCUUGUUCUUUGGGUAACGCACUUUGAAAAAGCUUAAGGCUCCACAAAUUCAAAUCCGAUCGACAUGAAAAUUGGCAUGCUUCUUCUUUGAACAAUUCUGCAUCGAUUUAGUGAAUCAGAUUUUGAAUUUCAUCCAACAACAUGGUCAGUUCCUGGUCUAUAGUAUGUUCAUACUGGUUACAGUACUCCUUGAGUCAUGUUAUGGUGUUUGUGAUAUUUUGAUUAGCAUAUUACCGGGGUAUAGACUAUAGUUGUACUCAGGCCUGGAAAUAACGGUUUUACAUGUACCUGACAAAAUAUCAGGCACUAAUGAAAUAGUGCCUGACAUUUUUAACUUAGUGCCGAACAUGUAUUAAUAAUAUCAAUAAAAAAGACAGAUCAGUGCCGGACAAAAUGACAGGCACCAGAGAUUUAGUGCCUGACAAAGCCUGAAUCUGUGCCUGACAUUGUCAGUGACAGGUGCCUUAUUUCCAGGCUUGGUUGUAGAACAGUAUAUAAGUAUGUAUGUAUUAUACUAUUAGAUGUAUAUUUUUGUAUUUUAUAUAAAGAGAGAUACAGAAUGAAAUAUGAGGAUGUCUGAUCACUUAUGUAUACCUAAUAACUUAAAAAAAAAUUGUGAGAAGAAUGAUCUUAACAAAAAGGAUGUCUGAUCGCUUAUAUAUAUAUAUAGAUAUAUAUGAUAGUCCUAAUACCUUUAAAAUUUUUCUGAGAAUGAAUAAUUUUAACAAAAAAAAACACAACUGCAGCAUAAUACAUCUUGUUUAAUCUCAGUGAGGUCGAUCUGUCUUUUGAAUAUGUGAUAAGGAUGCAUCAUUGUUAAUCUUGCUUGCAUCACAUUAAUUGCCAAAUUGGUGGGUUAGAAGAGUUAUAUGGUUUUAAGUCUCGGUCAAGUUACUAUAGUCUAGUUAACAUAUUCCAGAAAAAAGAAAAUUCUGAAAAAGCCAACAAAUUUUAUCCAUUUGAUAGGGUCUUCAAAUAUGGAGCUUAACAUGGACAUGAAUGCAUGUAACAAGACAAUUGAUUUUAUAUUCAAAGGGUUUUCCCCUUGUGAGCAGUGCGGGAUGACGGUCCUGGCAAGGAACAGCGUCUAGGAAUGCACGCAAUAAGACAAUUGAUUUUACACUCAAAGGGUUUUCCCCUUGUGAGCAGUGCGGGAUGACGGUCCUGGCAAGGAACAGUGUCUAGAUAUUCAGAUUGUACAGAGUAGGGUCGCCUGUUCCACCUCAUGGGUUUUCUCUGGGUCCUCCAGUUUCCUCACACUGCUAAAGACCACUACACGCUGGCUAAUUAUUGAAAUAAAAUUGAACUAUAUGUUAGUCCCUAAUAUGACCUGGUUUGUGUCGAUUGGACGUUAAACCCCAUCUGUACAGAAAUCUGAGAUCCAGUGUACAUGUAAAAGAACCCUUGACAAUUGUAAUUAAAAAUAAGAUUAUGUAGGUCGCAACGCAGUCCAGGCAAAUUCUUCUUGAUAGCACACUACAUGGAUUGUCUGCGAUAUCACCUCGGUGGAAGCGGACGUAAAAUACAACUAACUCAUCAUCACACUACAUGGUGUAUUCCCAGUCUUCAUUACCUUGGUUGAUGCAGACAGUAGAGAUGUUUAACUUCAUUUUGUUAUUUGUUCAUGCAGCUGGACCACCGCCAUGAUGAGAGUAGAUUGAAAUUCUUAAGUAUCUCGCAUGAUUUGGAUUAGAAUAACUCUUGACUUUAAUUUCAAAUUUUCUUUUUUCUGUGAUUUUGGUUUGAAUUUUGAAUCUGAAAUGUCUUUAUACUGUUGUCUAGUUUCCUCUUCAAUUGCCAAAUUUAAAUUUAGUGCCUAAUGUUGUUUUUUUUUAUUAUGUUAAUCAAAAACAAUACACUCUAAUGACUCCAUCCAAUUUAAGUCAAUUUAAACUAAAGCUGGAUAAUCUCUUAACAAUUGUUCCGUCCAAACUAUACUGUAGCAUUGUGGAUUUGUUUUAACAAGAUUUGUAAAUUUGGCAGUUCAUUAAUUGAAUUACAUUUACGUUAAACUGUACUGUAUUUUGAUAUAAAGGAAUUUGUUGCCAAUAUAGUCAAAUGUUGACCAAAUAAAAAUAAUGAAUAUUA